CCGGCUGCUGCAUAUAUAUGUAUAUAUACACAUCGACAACUGACAAACGUAGUAGAGAUAUAGAGUAAAAAUGAGGAUGAGCUGUAAUGGAUGCCGAGUUCUAAGGAAAGGGUGCAGCGACAAUUGCAGCAUUAGGCCCUGUUUGGAAUGGAUCAAAAGCCCAGAGUCUCAGGCCAACGCAACCGUCUUCCUCGCCAAAUUCUACGGACGCGCCGGCCUCAUGAACCUCAUUAAUGCCGGCCCCUCCCAUCUCCGCCCUGGUAUAUUCAGGUCGUUACUCUACGAGGCGUGCGGGCGGAUCGUGAACCCGAUAUACGGGUCGGUGGGGCUGAUGUGGUCGGGGAGCUGGCAGCUCUGCCACAGCGCGGUCGAGGCGGUGCUCAGAGGGGCUCCCGUCACCCGGAUGGACACCGACGCGCCCGAGGCUAAAACCGGUCCGCCCUAUGACAUUCGACACGUCAACAAGGAUAAUCUGACCAACCCGCGCCGGGUUAGGAACAAGCGAUCGGGGAAACGGGCUCGGCUGUCUGAGGAAGUUAAUGGCUCGAUUAGCCAUGAGUCGUCGUUGAGCCACCAGUCCCAGCAGAGUUUGGACGCUUCGGCUGGGGAAGGAGAAAUUGAGCUGGACUUGACGCUAGGGUUCGAGCCGAUUAGGACACCAAAACGAGCCGAGUCUGGUUUCUCUGAAAUGGAGUUGCGGCUGGAUUGUCUGCCCUCGUGAUCCACGCCUCUAAUAUUUUAUUACUAAUAUUUUUCGUUUUCCAGCUGAAGUUUUGUUAAGUGCUGUAUAGCGAAGCUAAAAGUGUUUCUUUUGAGCGGUAUAACCUUGGGGUGAUGAUAGUCGAUCUAGAUGUAAUGUUACUAUCAAUCAAUAAAAUGGAAUAGGAUGGCAUAAGAUGUCCACCUUUUCAUACA